GUGAUCAUCUUUAGUGCUCCCUUCCUUCCUUCAAACACAACACCAGGCUCUUUCUUCCCCACCACUAUCAUCAUCGCUACCUCCUUUCUCGCUCAUUCUUCACCGACAAACACAACACCCUUUCCCUUUUCUCGGAAUAUUAUUUUCUCCUCUUUUUUUUUUUUUUCGUAAAGGAAACCAAAAAAGGCCCAAUUUUCUCCAUUCCUUUCCUCUACCCUUUCGACCACACGCACGCUCUCUGCAUUCUCUCGCACCUAAAUCCAUCCAAUGUCUCCUUCUAAUCCAACCGUUUGAAACUCAAAUUGAGGUCUCCUUGACGGAUCUCAAUUACUCAAAUCCAAAUGCACGGUUACAGCCGCCUGGGCGGAGCAGCGCGGUCGCCGCCGACGUCGCCGCGGUUCCGCCACGGCCGAAGCAAGAACGGAAGCUGGAAUUCGUCUAAGGAGAGCAAUUCCAUAGAGAAGUUGAUCUUUAUUCUUAUGUCGGCAGUUUUCAGAAGGCGGGGUUUGCUUCUGUUUGCGCCUUUGCUGUACAUUUCUGGAAUGUUGUUGUAUAUGGGUUCCUUCAGCUUUGAUGUUGUCAGUAUAAAGAAUGGUGUCGUUCUUGUACACAAGCGUGCACCUCCAGGUUCUGUUUAUAGGAGUCCUCAGGUCUUUGAAAAACUAUGGCCUUUCAUGGAGGCUGAGGCUGCCAAUGCUAAUAAUGGAACGGGCAAUGUGUUGAUGAAAGCCUGGACCAGUGGAGAGCUUAGAGAGUGGAGACCCUGUGCUAACAGAAGUGUUCCUGAAGCAGAAUUGCCAAAGUCAAAUGGGUUCCUUAUAAUUGAAGCAAAUGGCGGAUUGAAUCAGCAACGCUUGUCGAUAUGUGAUGCUGUUGCUGUGGCCGGACUACUAAAUGCAACUCUUCUUAUUCCUAUAUUUCAUUUAAAUAGUGUAUGGCGAGACUCAGCUAUUUGGUGAAAUUUUGAUGAAAAUUUCUUCAUACAAUCACUUCGAAAUCAUGUGCAUGUGGUCAAAGAACUCCCUGUUGAUGUACUCGAACGAUUUGACAAUAACAUAAGUAAUAUUGUCAAUCUUAGAGUAAAAGGUUGGUCCAGUUCAGCUCACUAUCUUCAGAAGGUCCUCCUCAGCUUUGGAAAUGGGGUGGCUGUUCGCAUUGCGCCUUUCUCCAACAGAUUAGCUCAAGCAGUACCCUCAAAAAUCCAACGCCUUAGGUGCUUUGCCAACUUUGGAGCUCUUAGAUUUUCUGAACCUAUACAAGCACUUGCAGAAAGCAUGGUUGAUCGGAUGAUUAAACAUAGCUCCCAAAGUGGAGGAAAAUAUGUUUCUGUGCAUCUUCGUUUCGAGGAGGAUAUGGUUGCAUUUUCAUGCUGUGAGUACGAUGGAGGGGAGGAGGAGAAACAUGAAAUGGAUAUUGCGCGUGAAAGGAGUUGGCGUAAAUUCAAAAGAAAGCAUAGGAUAAUAAAGCCUGGUGCUAAUCGUGUUGAUGGAAGAUGCCCGUUGACUCCAUUGGAGGUAUGCAUGGGAUUGAUGCUUAGAGGCAUGGGUUUUGAUAACACAACCUCAGUAUAUGUUGCAGCAGGAAAAAUUUAUAAAGAACAAAAGUACAUGGCACCACUUAAGAUGUUUCCACGAUUGCAAACCAAGAAUACACUGGCAACACAAGAAGAACUUGCUCAAUUUAUGGGGCAUUCGACUAGGUUGGCUGCUCUUGAUUAUACUGUUUGCCUUCAUAGUGAAGUAUUUGUUACAACCCAGGGUGGAAAUUUUCCCCACUUCUUGAUGGGUCACAGGCGCUAUAUGUAUGGGGGGCAUGCGAAGACAGUAAAACCUGACAAGAGAAAACUAGCUCUAUUGUUCGACAAUCCUAAUAUAAGAUGGAAAGAAUUCAAGCAGCAAAUGAAAGACAUGCUUCGUCAUAGUGAUAUAAAGGGAACCGAGGUAAAAAAGGCUGGUGGAUCUGUAUAUACUUUUCCCAUGCCAGAUUGCAUGUGUAAACAGGCAGUACUAAAAAGUGAAAAUGCUAACACGACGUAAUAUAUGAUAUGAAGCUAUAAAUGUAGAUGAAUUUUCUUUAGGAGAUCAAAUUGUUCAAUACUUGUAAUUUAUUUUGUACUAUUACCUUUUUGUCUUUCUAGUUUAAGUUAGCUGUGAAAUCAUAAUCAUAAUUAUUGUAUAUUGUACACGGGAUUCAUUGUACAUGAGAUUCAAUGUAAACCAGAUAGACUUGCACGUCAUUAUUGUGAGCUGUCACAAUUUAGUUCACUAAACCAAGCUGCUUCGUGUAGCCAAUCAUAAAUAAUAUCAACGGGUGGCAAUUCUGCGCUCAGA